GUAAAAAACGAUGUCGUAUGUUCAGUCUCAGAAACGGCAAUCUUCACCCUCUCGCGACACCUGAAACAAAGCAAAUAUCAAUUAUCAAAGAAGAUAGAUAGAUACCAAGGACUCGAAGCAAGAUUGCAUUCAAAUUUCGAAACCGCUCUGUUAUUCUUCCCAAUUCAUCAAACCCUAGAAAUCUGUUUCAUGCAUCUAUUUUCUCUUCUCUUCCCAAUUUCAUAACGUUGACUCCAAUCUGUCGCAAAACAUGUCGUCUUGGUUGAGAUCUGCGGUCAGCAAAGCCGUCGAGGUCGGCAACAAAAACAAUCUCACUCGCACCGUCAAAAACUACGCCGACACUGUCGUUCAACACGCCGGACAAGCCGUCGCCGAGGGUGCCAAAAUCCUUCAAGAUCGCAUUGCAGCUAGGAAUUAUAGAAGUGUUGCACAGACAGUUAAGAGAUUGGAAGAAGCUGCUGUCUCGUAUAGGGGACCUGAGAGAGUACAGUUGCUUAGAAGAUGGCUUGUUGUUCUAAAGGAGAUUGAGAAUCUAUCUGCAGCAUCGGCUGAAGGUAAAGAGACGACUCUGAAGCAACACCUUGCUGUUGAAGAAAUAAAGGAGAACCCACAGAGACCAUCUCUGGUUCUUUAUUUUGAUUCUGAUGUUGGAGGAGAACCACUAAAUUUUCGUGAUGUUUUUCUUCAAAGUCAUGCAUUGGAGGGUAUAGCACUAUCAAUGAUUAUUGAAGCUCCAAAUGAAGAAGAGGUUUCCCUUCUCCUGGAGAUGUUUGGGCUUUGUCUUACUGGGGGCAAAGAAGUUCAUAAUGCCAUAGUAAGCAGCUUGCAAGAUUUGGCAACAGCUUUUUCAAGCUACCAAGAUGAAGUACUGGUGAAGCGAGAGGAAUUGCUUCAGUUUGCGCAACGAGCCAUCACUGGGUUGAAAAUCAAUUCUGAUCUAGCAAGAAUAGAUGCUGAAGCCUCUAGUCUUAGGAAGAAGCUCAGUGAGAUAACAACUUCACAGGGGCUUGAAAAUAAAGGUGAUUAUAAAGCUGCUGAGGAAAGACAAGCAACCCUAGAGGCUUUAAAAUUCGCGCUAGCACAGAUUAGAAUUUGUUCCAAACUGGAAGGAUUAUUGCUGAAGAAAAAAAAUAUAAGCAAUGGAGACUCUCCUGAAGUUCAUGCCCAAAAGGUUGACAAGCUGAAGGUCUUAACGGAAUCUCUUGUUAACUCUGCUGCAAAAGCUGAAAAGCGUAUUUCUGACAACAGACUACAAAAAGAGGAGGCAUUAAAAGUUCGUGUGACUAAAGGUGAUGAAACUAGUGAAAAGGAGAAGGAACUGACAGCUGAAAUAUCUGAACUCCAACAGAAAAAAGAAGAUCUUGAAGCUGAAUUGAAAAAGAUUAAUACUUCUUUAUCUGCUGCUCAAGCACGAUUGUGGAAUGUGAGGGAAGAGAGAGACCAGUUUGAGGAAGCAAACAAUCAGAUUGUUGAACAUCUGAAGAUAAAGGAAGAUGAACUUUCAAAAUCAAUUAGCUCAUGCCGGGUAGAAUCAGAUGUUAUAAAAACCUGGAUUAACUUUCUGGAAGAUACCUGGGUUCUCCAGCAGUCAAAUACAGAAAUUUACGAGAAGCAGGUCAAUGAUGAAUUGGAGAGACAUGAGGACUAUUUUGUGGACUUAGCCAUUCAACUUCUUACAACUUACCAGACAGAGUUAGAGCCUUGUAUUAACCAUAUUGGAACAUUUGUUGUGAACCUCAAGAAUUUGAGUCAGAGGUUAGAGAUGACGGCCAGUGCAGAUACCGAGGAUUCAAAACUAUUAAGUCCGAGGAGAAAUCUCGAGGAGGAAUAUUUGACCUAUGAAGCCAAGAUUAUUACUACCUUCAGUGUAGUGGAUAACAUGAAACAGCAGUUUUAUGCUCAACAGGGGAAAAUUUCCAGCAGGAAAGAUGAAGAGAGAGUCAAAGAGCUGUUUGAUGCCAUUGAAAAGUUACGAACUCAAUUUGAGUCUAUAGAGAGACCGGUUCUUCAACUGGAGAGCCCGACUGCAAAGACUGAAACAUUACCUUCUGAGAAAAAGUCCGACGGUACACCUUCACCUCCUGCUUCUGUUCGAGGUACUGAGUUCUCAAAGACAGAGACAGACGAACAACCAAAAUCACCUUCACCUUCUGCUUCAGUUCGAGGUACUGAGUUUUCAAAAACAGAGACAGAUGAACAACCAAAAUCUCCGUCAGUUAAGUCAGAUCAGGUAUGGGAUCAUGAAGCUGAAUUAGCCAAGCUGGAAUCUGAGUUUGGAAAAGUUGGUCAAGAUUAUUCGGCAGAGGAAAUUGGUGAUUGGGAAUUUGAUGAGCUUGAAAGAGAAUUUGUAUCUGGUAAUUCAGCAACAAAAGAUUAGUUUCUGAGACAUUAAUGCUUGCUGUUGUAAUUUAUUAUGAAGCAAAUGCAAGUAUUAUAUAAAUUUUUAAGCUAUAGGUCAGCUGUUGAUGAAGCUGCGUGAUCAGAUGCCUGAAUUUGUAAAGGUUAAAGAUCAUAAUUUGUUAAUUUUUCUGUAAAGUACUGAAUUUGUAACACGUAAACUAUUUGAAAUUAUUAGCAUGGUUGUAUAUUUUAAACAAAGGAUUAAUUUGGUGCUGAGAUGAAUGUUAGGAUUGGAUUUUGGCUCA